CCCACCAAAAGGCGAGUUCCAAUUGGACCGAGAGUUAAAUGUUUUUCGAUUUUCAAGCAGUGAACUUGUGCGUGCGUGUAAAUUAAAUUCGUUCAUCUGCCAAAUCGCGUGAGAUUGUAGCCAUUUAACGACUCUCGCCAUGUCGACUAGCCCAAAACCGGUUAAGAAGGUGCCGAUUCACUUGCAGAGCGCCCAGAAUCGUGUCUACAUUAAAAAUGGCGAGAUCGUCAACCAUGAUAAAUCGUUCAAAGCGGACGUGUACAUCGAGGACGGAAUUAUCAAGUUUGUGGGACCCUCCUCCGAAAUUACGAUACCGGGAGGAGUCCGCACCAUCGACGCCAGCGGGCUUAUGAUCAUUCCGGGAGGAAUCGAUCCCCACACGCAUUUGCAGUUGCCUUUCGGCGGAGCCGUGGCCGUCGAUGAUUUCUACCAUGGAACCAGGGCCGCCGUUGCAGGUGGCACCACCAUGAUAAUCGACUUCGUUCUGCCCAACAAACAUGAGUCGAUGAUCGAAGCCUACGACAAGUGGCGCAGCUGGGCUGAUCCUAAGGUGUGCUGCGACUACGGAUUGCAUGUGGGUAUCACCUGGUGGUCCAAGUCGGUGUCUGAGGAGAUUGGCAUUCUGUGCAAAGAGCUCGGAGUGAACUCCUUCAAAACAUUCAUGGCAUACAAGGGUCUAUAUCAGCUGAAUGAUUCAGACCUUUUAGAUGUUUUUGAGCGCAUUCGACAUUUAAAUGGUGUCGCAAUGGUCCACGCUGAGAAUGGCGACAUCAUUGCGAAGAACACGCAGCGCCUGCUGGCCGAAGGCAUCAAUGGACCGGAGGGUCACGAGCUGUCGCGACCGGAGGAAGUGGAGGCCGAGGCCGUGCACCGCGCCUGCGUGCUGGCCCACCAGGCCGCUUGUCCGCUGUACGUGGUCCACGUGAUGAGCAAGUCGGCGGGCAUUGAACUGGCCAGGGCCCGCCACCGAUACCGGGGGCGGUACAUAAUGGGCGAGACCCUGGCCGCGGCGCUGGGCACGGAUGCGACCUGUUGCCAGCACCUGGGCUUCGACCACGAGGCGGCGCAUGUGCUCAGUCCGCCGUUGCGGCCCGACAAGACGACCCCCGAGUUUUUGAUGAAGCUGCUGGCGAAUGAUGACCUGCAGCUGACUGGCAGCGACAACUGCACCUUCAACAAGGAGCACAAAGCCUUGGGAAAGGGCGACUUCACCAAGAUUCCGAACGGAGUCAAUGGAGUGGAGGAUCGCAUGUCGCUGGUCUGGGAGAAGGGGGUGCACGCCGGUCUCCUUGAUCCGUGCCGCUUUGUGGCCGUGACUAGCACGAAUGCGGCCAAGAUAUUCAACAUAUAUCCCCAGAAGGGUCGCAUCGCUGUCGGUUCGGAUGCGGAUAUUGUGAUCUGGAAUCCGAAUGCCACCCGUACCAUUUCCAAGGACACCCACCACCACGCAUGUGACUUCAACAUAUUUGAGGGCAUGACCGUGCACGGCGUCUGCGAGUUCGUCCUGGUGCGCGGAAGGAUCUGCGCCGAGCAGGGGAACGUGCGAGUGGCGGAGGGCUUCGGACGGUUCAUUCCCACGCCCGUCCGCCCCCCAUUCGUCUAUGACAUCAUCGAGGGCAAGGUGCAGUCGCCGCCGGAGGAUCAGCACGAGGAGAAGCUGAACGGCAACGUGGCCAAGCGUUUCGCCGAGCUUGACAUCCAAAUCCCAGUGCAGGAGCCCAUCAGUGCCAUGCUGGCCGGCAACCUGGCCAUGCCGGCGGAAGGAUCACUGUGCAGUACGCCCUCGGUGCGUGGACGCGUCGAUGGCAAGCGUGACAUGCAGGAGUCGUCCUUCUCCAUAAGCGAGGAACUGGACAGGUCUGGCGUUCGAGCGUGCAUUAAAGUGAAGAACCCACCUGGCGGAAAGUCUUCCGGAUUCUGGUAGAUCACACACCAGAAGUCGCAUCGUAAUGUGUGUGGAUGCGGAAUCGCACAAUCUCCGACGACAGUGUAAGCCAAAGUCUGCGCUCAUUCGAUAACUAAACUGGCAUUUAAUAUAGAACCCUGAAAUAAAAUCGUAAUCUAACCAAAUUUCAAAAUAAGUACAUAUAGCCACAAAACGAUUAAGAAAAAACCGAAAAAUCUGCUUCGUCACUUAACAUUUAGAACCGAUUGCCUCUCGUUGAUAAACUUUUUGUUAAAUUCUUAAACCAAGAAGCCUUUAAGCAAGUAAAAUUGAUUGCCGAAUUGAGGACUACGAAAAUCAAACGAAAUUGCGUAUUAAGGUAUUUUUUGUUGAACACUUUUAUUCUAAAUACUUUGUUUAUUUACAAGUAAAUGUAGCACAAUUUGUUUGUACUCUUGAAAGCUAAAAUAGGCAAUCCAAACAAAAUCAAAAGGCUCGAUAGAAUAACUGAGUUUAAUAUAUUACACUAUUGCAAUUGUUUAUUGAUAACCCCGCUUUAAGAAGAGUACAUCGAUCAUGCCACGUGAGACAAGGUACCGUUUGGGAGCAAAUUCGGCACUUCAUCUGAGGAUGUCUAAAAUUAGAUACUUCAAUCAUUUUUUCAAUGAAAAUUAUAAAUGUGCAGAACUAUUUAUUAUAAACACAUACUUUAUAUACAUACAUUUAAUAAAAAAAGCAGAACACAAAGAUCAAACUAAUAAACUUUACCAAAAAACUGAAAA